UUGGUACUUCUUGAGCCAACAUUAUAUGACUUGGCUUUUUCAGUUCCUUAAAAAAUGUUGAUUUUAUUUGGACCUUCGGUGUCUUCUGAACACAAAAUUUUUCGCCUUUCAUUUUUUUCAGUUCUGAGAUUUCUAGCUCUUCCUGACAUAAGGCAUUAAUCAAAGUCCUACUCACAUUCCUAAAAAAGUGUUUGAUGUGAUAAACUUACUGCUAGAUAUUGGCAUUGAUGACAGCUCCAGAGCCCUGAUGGAAUGUCAGCUUCAACAAGUGGAGGAUCGCUGGAAAAGUUUCAAACAGAAUGGAAGAUGAUUACUUAGCUCCAACUGUGUUUGGCAAGGGAAGUCACUUUCUUACCGUAUAUAAGGAUUAUCAUGGAAACAAUAGAACAUAAAUUUUGCAGUAACUGCAAACGGGACAUCUUGGCAAGUAAUUAUGAAAUACACUCAAUCCAUUGUCAGCGUAAUUUGACAGUUUGUGUCAAAUGCAAUGAGCCAGUCCCCAUAACAGAUUUAACUGAUCAUAAUCAUGAAUUUCAUUCUGAAAUCAAGUGUUCAGACUGUAAUUUAUUCAUUGAAAAUCAGCGCUUGGAUGUCCAUAGGAGAGAUUCCUGCUCAUCGCGGCUAAUCAGCUGCAAAAUCUGUGGUAUCGAUAUUCCGGCCAAUGAGAUGAACAUACAUGAAUAUUAUUGUGGAUGUAGAACAGAAAAAUGCUCUGAAUGUGGGGAAAUUGUCAUGUUAAAAUAUUUAGAACUGCAUCUAGACAGCAAUCAUACAUUCAUCAAAUUGGAUGAUGAACCUGGACCAGGAGCAUCAUGGUUGAGUGGAUCCAAUAAAGUACUUAACAAAUAUGCUCUGCUUAACGACCUCGUGAAACCUCUGUCAAAAGUUCCUAACUCAAAUCAAGACGCCCGACCAAUACAUAUCAAUAGAGUAUCCCCGGUAAAAAGGAAUAAUGACCAACCGCAAAUUAAUACUGCGUACUGGCUUGCCAAACAAGAAAACAAAAAACCUUCCAUUCGGACUGAAAAUGAUGAGUUAUUAGAAGAAUUAUUUGAUGACAUGGACUUGAGCACUAUCCGAUCAUCAUCUAAAAGUCUGGAGACUUACAACUCAGCCAAACAUUCUGGUGCCAAACGAUGCUCAGGAGCAUCAGAAUUGUCUAACGUUAUGCUUCCCUGCGAAUUUUGUGAUCAACUUAUACCUGCUGAUGAAUUGGUACUUCAUGAGACUGGUUGUCAACCAGAAGUCUCUUGCUACAAACCCAAAUUGGAGGUCCCUCAUGGAAAUAUUCUACGCGAAAGUGACUCAGAGGAAGAAAUGGAUGACUGCAUGGAUUUAAUACCUUGUGAAUUCUGCGGAGCUCUGUUUUCUGUUCAUAAAAUUGAAAACCACCAUAUGCGAUGCAAUUUUGCUAAUUUGACAUCAUCUUCAUCAGUCCAACAAAUCAAUCAAAUUUACGAUAAUGCACCAUUGAGUAGGAAAGUAUCCAAUCACUUAGCUGCCUCAAAUUCAACACUAUCUCGUUUAACAGGAGGAGCUAAUAAUAUAGGUGAUAAAAUUAACUCCGGAUCAAGUUCUGUCAAUUUAAGUCUGAGUAAUUAUGAUAAGAAACAAACAACGUUCGAAAACCCCAGUUCAUCUGACGGUGCUGCUGCAAGUGGCUCAACGAACAACUACACUGGUGUAAUUCGGAAACAAAAGGCAGGAAGAACUAACAAUCUAAUCAACCAACCUUAUCAGAUCCCGGAAGAAGUACCAAGCUCCUCCUCCUCCAGGGAAACCAGCAGGAACAGACUAGAAAAUUUUCAUGCUAAUAAACCAUAGAACCUUUCGUCAGUGAUGAAGAUGAUGACUCCGAUGAUCGUAACUGCCUCUCUUCAAUUAUGUUUUCGCCAUCUGUCCUCAAGGAUAGUUAUAUCAUCCCAUUUAGUAUGUAUCAUCUAAUUUAGUCAGCUUCUCAAAUAUUGAAUCACUGUUAUUUUUUUAUGUAUUUUUAGGUUUUAAACCUAUUCUAAAACGGCUUUUUGCCAAUGAUUUUCACUAAUCGAGGCAAUCUGUACAAAAGCUGAGAGGGUAUUCUGUGCCCAAUGAAUAUAUCAUUGGUGAUAUGGGGUAAAAUAACUCUCUUUAAGUUAAUACUUAAGUUUUCUAAGAAUGAAACUUUCCUAAAUCCAAGCGGCGCUCUUCAGUUUGUUCAGCUUGGGUCAUUUUUAUGAGUGAAAUACUGUAGAACUUUUUAUGCCAAUAAUUUUGCCAUUUUAGGAAGUUUUUUCUCUCUUAAAAUACUUUGGAACCCAAGCCAGAUAAGUUGGCAGUUGUUUAUUUCUGACUGUCUUUUGCUAUAGAUAGAUUUUCAUUUCAUUGAACAGCAGCAGCGUUGCCUGCGAUCAGUCCUUGAUGACUAUUGGACGACUGCAGCACAGUCGCCAGCAAACAGAAAGUGAACAACUUCCAAUUUAUCUGAUGUGAUUUCUAUUCGUAGGUCAUUAGUCAAUUUGACAUCAAAUCAACUAUUUUCGCGCA